AUGUCUAGCCGAAUUGAAGUUGGUUCUGAUGGAAUUAUCUUAGAAUUACAACGUGAGACACUUUUGACUAAGUAUACUCUAGAAGUUAGUGUGGAGGAGAAGACUAGUUUAUGGUUGGAGUAUGAUAAUGGUGAUUCUUUUGUGCUGGCUAUACUUAUUCCGGGUAUAGUUGAGACUUUGCCGGCUAAUCUUAACUUGGGAGCUGGUGAGAAGUUUAGAUUAAGAACAAGUAAUAGUAAUAGAGUGAGUAUUUGGAUAGUUGAAGGUGUAUUAGAGAAAGGAUUAGUCUUUGGUUCUAGUCCUAUCUCUUUGUAUGGAGUGAGUUUAGGAAGUGGUGAGAGUUUAAGAUUGGGUGGACUAGUUCAUUAUUCAGUAGCUAAUUUACGAGAAGUGGAAGGAGAAAGAGUUAGUUUAUGUGCACUGAUUAAUGGUCGAGAGGUUACUUUGACUAAUUUAGUAGCUAAUCGGAUUGAAACGGCUGAACUGGCCUUAGAAACUACUGAGACAGAAGAGGUUACUUUAUUCCUAGUAGGUAAAGGUCGAGUGGAUGUCUUAGGGUACGUAACAGUAGGAGAGAGUGAGUAUGAGAGUGGAUCAGAAUUAAGUCAAAGGAGUAGUGAAGUGGAGUUAAGUCAAAGGGGUAGUGAAGUGGAUAGGAAAUUAGAUAAGAAGUUAGAUAAGAAUUUGAAGGUUAAAGCAGCAAAUCAAAAUUUAAGUGGAUAUCUAAAAGAUAGUUUAAAUGAAAGUAGUGCUAGUAGUGAUGGAGAUAGUAGUGAUGAAGAAGGUGAAGAAGAAGAUGAUGACUUUAUAAUUGAUGAUGGAGAGUUCUUACCUGAAGACCAGGCGGAGUACUUGUUAAAUCAGCCGGGGAAGAGUAAGUCAGAAGACUUAGUGGAAAGAAGUAAGUCAGUAGAAGGAAGUAAGAUUAGUUGUGAAAAUGUACCGGUUUUAAGUAAGUUUGGGAGUAAAGUAGGUGGAAGUAAAGAAGAGAUUAAAGCUUUACAAAGGGAACAGGAUAGAAAACUGUUACGAAUAACUGAAAUUGAGAAGGGAACUGGUAAAAUCAAAGUUGGUCGUACUGAUAAGAUUAAAAUAAGAUACUCUUUAUACGUAGAGAGUAAACUAGUUGAAACUUCGCCUAAGAAAGGUAUUACUGUAACUCUUGGGGCUAACCAAAUAAUCCGGGGUUUAGAACUAGGUGUUGAAGGUAUGUUAGUUGGUGGUAAACGUAAUAUUAAGAUUCCUUCUAGUUUAGGCUACCAAAACGUCCGAGUAGGACGUAUUCCUCCCAAUUCAAUACUUACUUACCGAGUACAUCUCUGUGCUAUCCUGAACCGCUAA